AUGGCUGCCGGAGACCGGUCUGAAGAAGCUCCCGUCCCUGUUCAAGACGCAUCGUCGCAACCGCCACCCUCUCCGGAGGAACCCUACAGCAUAUUCGACAAGCGGCAAAAGGCUCUGAUUGUGCUUCUUGUCUCGACGGCUGCAACUUUCUCCGGAUUUGCUUCAAACAUCUACUUCCCCGCGCUACCUACCAUUGCUCAUGAUCUGAAUGUAUCAGUCGAGCUGGUGAAUCUCACAGUGACUUCCUACCUUAUCUUCCAAGGCUUAGCCCCCAGUCUCUGGGGCCCCAUCUCCGAUGUUAAAGGUCGCCGAGUUGCAUACUUUUGCACUUUCGUCGUGUUCCUCGGCGCAUGCGUCGGCCUGGCAGAGACAAAGAACUAUGCAACCCUAAUAGUUCUACGGUGCUUGCAAAGCACUGGCAGUGCAAGCACCAUUGCAAUUGGCUCAGGCGUGAUUGGUGAUAUCACCACUCGCGCUGAGCGUGGCGGCUUCAUGGGCAUCUUCCAAGCCGGGCUUCUCAUGCCUGUCGCUGUCGGCCCAGUCAUUGGAGGUGCUCUAGCUGGAUCCUUGGGCUGGAGGGCAAUCUUCUGGUUCCUCGCAAUUUACAGCGGCGUCUUUCUGCUCCUACUGGUCCUCCUGCUUCCCGAAACGCUGAGGUCAAUCGUUGCAAACGGUGGCCGGGUGCCAUCAAGCCCUCUGGCCAAAUACCCUCUGCUCGUCUACCAAAACCUCACCAAGAUUCAAUGGAAUCCAGAAGCAGGCCCGCCAGAGCCAGCGGCAAAGAAACACAUCGACGUCACCGGCCCGUUCCGAAUCCUCAUCAGCAAGCACGCCGCGCCCAUCAUCGUCUUCCUCGCCAUCUACUAUGCCGUCUGGCAAAUGAGCAUCACCGCCAUGUCCUCCCUCUUCGACCAGCGCUACGGCCUCACCGAAACCGAGAUUGGCCUGACCUUCAUCGCCAACGGCGCCGGCUCCAUGAUCGGCACGCUCGUGACCGGCAAGAUCCUCGACGUCGAUUACCGACACGUCAGGGCCAGGCACGAGGCUCGCCGCAUGUCGUCAUCGUCGUCGUCGACGUCCUCCCAGCCCGAUGCCGAGACGGGCGAGCGCCUCGAGGAUCCCCAAGCCCGCCACCAGCACCAGCCCCAGCACCAACCCCCCGCUGCCGCCGCUGUCGAUAACGACGAAAGCGACUUCCCGAUCGAGAAGGCGCGCCUCCGGCUCGUGCCCGUCUUCUCGGUGAUCCAAUGCGCGUCGAUCCUGCUCUUUGGCUGGACCGUCCAGUACUCGGGCCGCGUGCACAUUGCGGUGCCGAUCGUGUCGACCUUUGUCACCGGCUGGACGGCCGUGUCGACGCAGUCGGUCAUCAUGACUUACCUUGUCGACGUCUUCUCGGACCGCAGCGCUGCGGCGAGUGCGAGUUUGAAUCUUGCGAGGUGCUUGUUCGCGGCUGGUGGGACGAGCUUCGUGAUGCCGAUGGUGAAUGGAAUAGGGGUUGGGCUCGCAUUCACUGUGUGUGCGAUUGUGCAAGGGGUGGCGUUGUUGGGCGUCGCGGUACAAUGGAGGUUUGGUGCUGCGUGGAGGAGGGAGGCGGAGAGGGAGAAGAGACAAGAAAAGUAG